UAUACUUACAUACGGUAGUCAUAUCUAAGAUUUAAUACCGUCAUUGUGACUCGUAUAUAUAAAGCUUGUUAAUGUAAUUCAAGUGUAUAAUUUGUACUGCCGUAUAUAACGAAAAGAGAAGGUUCGUUUGACAGACAGAAACUUAAUGAAGGAACGUUGCUGAUAAGUUUCUAAUCUAAUAUAAUCUAACAUGAUAUAAAUUGGUUGACAAUAUGAUAUUCAAUGAUGAAAAUUUUGAUUUGUGGUUAUUUACCGGUGCGAAUGUCAUGUAAACUAUAACGAAUCUGGGAUAUAAGGAACAUUUUAGUGGACUUAAGCAAAAUGAGUGGACAAAAUGGCCCGACCCUGGAGUUCCGGGAGGACUCUUCUACAGGAACGGCCACGCCUAAGGAUUUUCGAUAUUUCAAUAUGGAUAGAGGAGAUACCGAACUUUCUCUUGUAGAAAGACAGCAAAGUUUCCUUGAAUCCGUUGCGGAGGAAGAUUCUGGCUCUCAAACCGAAAGGCGCGUACAAAUUGAUAUAAUGGAUGAUUCUGGGAGAAAGUCAGAAAUGGAUGAUCGUAAAUCGGUGAAUUCAACGCGAAUGCCAAAGAACAUGACACGCGCAAUGCUCGUGCGUACUCCCGCAAAUAAAGACGACGCUCCCGAACCGCCCCAUGAGGAGGAAAUCCAAGAGCACACUGAACAACAAGAACCGGACAUUCUUAUUACCGAACUAAAGGAACAACCUCCUGAUAUAGUUGAAGGUGACGCCGACGAGGAAUCGGACAUAGAACCAGAAUAUCAGCAGGUUACCGUGGAGACAGUAGACGCUGAAGAAGACUGGGAUACUGAUCUUGAAAUAGAAGAUGAAAUGAUGAAGGAGGUUCGAAACCACGACCCGUCCGGUCGGUCGUACUAUGACAAGGUGUGCAGCAGAAUGGGACUGGUCCCUGUAUCAUAUAUAAAACGUCAUAUAACAGAUAACGAAAUAACGAUGAGGUUCCACGGGUUAGGAUCUAGCGCCACUAAAGCUAUUGCUCUUGUUUUAAGGGACAACAUAACUCUGGAGAAACUGAAUCUGCAAGGGAACUGGAUAGAGGGAGAUGGUGGGCUGGCAAUGGCCCGAAUGUUAGAGGAAAAUGACUAUAUCACAGAAUUGGUACUAUCUGACAAUAAACUUGGCACAGUAGGAGCACAAUGUAUGUGUAAAAUGUUGUCAGUUAAUGCCGGAUUGAGGAAGUUAGAUCUUUCAGGUGAGUCACAAAUAAACUCAACUUUAGAAAGUACAAAUAUCAAAAUAUACAUACAUGUAUUUUGGCAUUCUUACGCCCCAAUUUUUGCAGACGCACUAGAGAAUGCCAAAUAUCUCAAAGAACUAUACUUAUCACGGAAUAUGUUCGGAUCUGAAGCCGGAGAAAUAUUAGGACCCGCCAUAAGUAAGAUAUUCUAUGUUACGUUAUAUAAAGAAAAAAAUAGCUGGAAACGCACAAUUUUCGAGGAAAAAGGUGCAAUAGCCGUAGCCAAGGGAAUUGGGGAGAACGUGCGGUUAAAAUCUUGUGACAUCAGCUGGAAUGGUUUUGGUCCAGAAGGUGGCGCUGCAGUCGCGGACGCCAUGAUUUCAAAUAACUCUUUGGUGGAACUUGACAUCAGUGGUAACAGACUGACCGCAGAUACUGCUAUGAAAAUCGCAAGGAUGAUCGCAUCAAAUGAUAAUAUAAGAAAAAUUAGCAUCGGGAACAAUAUAUUAACAACAGCCGGGGCUAUUGCUCUUGCAACGGCUGUCAACAAUGGAGACAGCAGUGAACUAGAGGAGUUAGAUCUUACAGAUGUACCAAUAGAGUUUGAAUUUCUACGCAUAUUUAAAAGAAAAAUUAAAAUCGAAGAUCUAGCGGUGCCAUUUAAUAAGCCAAAGUUACAGGAUGCCGUCACAAGACUUGCUGAUACACAAGAAGGAAGAAUAUAUUUUGGUGACUUCAUUAAGCAACAGCAGAAUGAAAUGAAGACGAAGUCUGGUGGCGAGGAUGAAGAGAUACAAGGGCCGACGGAGUAACACGGAGAACGUCGGAGUAAUACGGAGAACGCCAUGACUUUAGAUACAUAAUGUAUAUCGCCAAAUUUUACAGCAUUUUCAAGAAACAUUUUACAAGUGUCUUCAAUUUAUUGCUCUUUACUUUAUAAGAUUCGUCUCAUUGCCAUUAGGUUUACUUGUCAUAUCUGUGAUUGCAAAUUGAUAUUUUUAAAUAGAUUUUUUAUAUUUUGUUCUUUUCAUUCAAAGCAGCUAUUUGAUUGUUUUUAUUUUACUUUGCUUUCCUUAAAAGGUGGCUAGAUCUACUUAUAGCACUUGAUGUGUAGCUGAAUGGUAUGGUUGAUUAGUCUGAACUGCUGAAAAUAUUUGAAAUAUCGCGUUUUGAAAUAUAACGUGUGAUGUGGAAUGGAUAUUUAAUGGUACAUUGCCUCAUCAAGGAAGCUGUAUUUGACUAGUAGACUUCUUAGACUUUUUAAUAUUAUUGAAAGCUGAGUGCAGCAUAAAAUGUAACAAGAAACACCACUGAUGUUGUUGUACCUAAAUGUAUACAUUCACAUUUCUUUUUUUUUUCUACUUUUUUUUAUUUAACCACUUUCCUACAGAGGAAAACUAUAUAAUCCUUACUUUAUAUAGGUGCAAAAAUAAAGUGAUUACAUUCGUAUCAUUCAGUUGUUUUGCGGAUACAGUCAAACCUGAAAAUAUGAAACCAUUCUUAAAACUUGGAAACAAUUUCAUCAACAUUUGAUGUCUUAAAAUUGGAAUCGUGGUGUAAUUGUUUUCAUUCACUUUUUAGGACAGUUUCGAAUGUAUUCAUAAUUAUAAGACGUUCGAGUCAAUGUAAAUUAUGAAUUUAGGUUUCCAUUAGAGUGCAAUACAAAUUAACAGUUCCUUCAGUUCAACAACUUAGUAAGUUCGUAUUUAUUUGUGUAAUAAACAGAAUACAAUGUAAUUAUCAGUGCAUGUACAUAGAACUUCUAUGGCUUUACGAAUUGUACAAUUAUUUAUUUUUCUGUGAUAUAUAAUGUGAUAAAUUUACGUGUUGAAUUUGACAUGUUCUGCAAUGAAGCAGAAAUAAAAUGUGCUUUACAAUAUUUCUUCAAUAAAACUUGAAACUCCAA